UUAUAGUAGUCGGUUGCCUAUAUAAGGACGAAGGGAUACGAUACAAUACUAUACUAUAUGGUUAAAAACACAAGAAACAUUAAUCAUUAAUCAUCAUCAUGUAUCACGUUACUUACUUAUAUUGUCAGCAUUAUAUAUCUAAUAUAUGUCUGCGUUGUGUUCAUGUCCGAAGCCACAAAAUCUCCUUCAAUUCGAAAAAUGGAAGCUAUUAAAUCAAUGAAAGAAGCCAACGCGCGAGAGAAGGCUGAGGUCGACAUAUGGCAAUACGUAUUCGGCUUCACUCCGAUGGCGGUGGUCAAGUGCGCGAUCGAGCUCCGCAUCGCCGACGCCUUGGAGGCCCACGGCGGCGCGAUGUCGCUUCCCGACCUCGCCUCCGCCGUCGCCUGCUCGGCCCCGGCCCUCCGCCGCAUCAUGCGGUAUUUGAUCCACCGCGGCUUCUUCGAGCUGCGCGCCGCCACGGGCCAAUACGCGCAAACCCCGCUCUCGCGGUUGCUCCUGCGAGGAGACGACGAAGCGAGGCUGAAUAACAACAGUCUCGCUUCGUUCGUGCUCAUGGAGAGCAGCCCCGUGAUGCUCGCCCCGUGGCACGCGCUGAGCUCGCGCGCCUCGGUGGGCGGGGGCUCGGCGUUCGAGGCCGCCCACGGCCGGGACGUGUGGGAGUUCGCGUCGCGGGACCCGGGCCACAGCAAGCUGAUCAACGACGCGAUGGCGAGCCACGCGCGCCGGGCGGCGGGCGAGAUCCUCGAGCGCUACGGCGAGGCGUUCGAAGGGAUUGGUUCCUUGGUGGAUGUUGGCGGCGGCGACGGCACCGCGCUCCGCUCCGUCGUGGCGGCGCGUCCGGGGAUCCGGGGGAUCAACUUCGAUCUCCCGCACGUCGUCGCCGCGGCGGAGCGGGUGGAAGGUGUGGAGCAUGUGGGCGGGGACAUGUUCAAGCAAGUUCCGAAGGCGGAUGCGGCUUUCAUCAUGUGGGUGCUGCAUGAUUGGAGCGACGAUGAGUGUGUGCAGAUCCUUCGGAAUUGUCGAGAGGCAAUUCCGAAGGAGACGGGGAAGGUGAUCAUCGCGGAGGCGGUGAUCGUCGACGGAGAAGAGGACAAAUACAGCGACGCCAGGCUGGCGCUGGACAUGGUGAUGAUGGCCCACACAGACAAAGGGAAAGAGAGGACUAUUGAAGAAUGGGAUUUUGUGAUCAAAGGCGCUGGAUUCAGUCGCUACACUGUCAAGCAUAUUGGCUCCAUAUUUGCUGUCAUCGAAGCCUAUCCAUGAAAUUUUCACUAUUUUGUUUCCUACAAUAAUAAUGCAUUUUGAACUUA